AUGAUUGACAGCAUUGGAGAGAACAUUUCUGACUUCACGUGGAAAUGGACGUACAAGCUUCUGCAUCGCAAGAAAUCGCCUCUGGACAAACCUGUCGACCUUGAGAAGGAGUACCAAGAACAUGAGGAAACCAGCAAGAAGGAUCCCACAUUUGGUGCCGAUGCUACCAUUCAAACUCUCUACGAGGGCAAAAACUCCAAUGGGCAGAGGGGCGAAUGGGAUUGGCAAGACUAUCCUCCCAAGCAAGUCCCCGAGUCCGCUGCGAAAGCUCGAGACCGUGUUGCCAUCCGAGUCUACAAAGUCAGAGACCUCGAAAAGUCCGCCAUCUCCGGCCGAUACCCUCUCAAAUACCACCGCAUCGAUGUUCAAAACCCGCUACUUCUCAACGCUCUCGAGCCCAUCAUGAAGAAGGAGAAUAUACAUCUCGAUGUCCACGAUGUCGCGACCUUUAAAGAACCUUUCCGCCCUCUCUGGUUCUGCCAAGAUGAGAUCCGAGAUUUAUAUAAGGAAACUAAGCAAGGCGACCCGCUCAAGGGGUUUCUACAGCUAUUCCUGAGAGCUCUUGAUGAGAUCUUCCGCGAUAUCAAGAUCAAACGACGCAACCUGCUUGACAAGGGUCUCACUGAUUUCCGAACUGCUUGGACUCUCUUCCCUAGGGACUCAACUGUCUACAGCUUUGGGUUGAACUCUGAGUUUAUCGGAAAGGUGGAGGGUACAGAGUAUGACGCCAGUGAUUGCCUUGUACAGCUCGUCAUCACUGUCAAAGUCAUGGCCUUCAAUGGAGAAGAGUUUGUCUGGAGGAGGAAGCUUUUAACCAUUAACGAGUUUCCCGGAAACAAACCAAUUCGCGACCUUCGGCAUUACCCUUUUGACAUGCACCCAGAUAAGGAUGCUAUCAAAGAUCGGUUGAUGACACGGGGGAGAAAGGUCCUCGAUCUCCAGGGAUUGACAUAUUGCUCCUACAGCGGCAUUGCCCUGCACCCUGGAGAAAAAAGCGUCGAAAAGCACAAUGUGGAAUGUCGCAUCUUGGUCGAUGUAGUCGGUUACAAUAAGUUCCAGCUUGCUGAGGGCAAGCGUGAGAACCAGGACCCGGAAAUCGAAGUCGUCGAUGUCUCGCGACGUCGCCGCCGACAAGAUCUUGCUGAAACCAAGCGUGAGGGCAAGCAUCCCAAGACUCAGCAGAAGAGACUCAAUGAGGAAGAGCAAGCAAGUAAUAGGGAGCAGCUCCUGAAAGAGCCUGGCGAGUUGGCUUUCAUGUCUGAGCUGAUCGGUGGUUAUGCAUUGAAGAACAAGCUCUGGGUCUACUUUUACGUUGAAGAUCUCGAGCCGAUUGUAUGGAACGACCAAGCAUACUCCCACCUUGUCUUUGAUGAACAACAGAAGGAUCUGGUUCUAUCCUUCGUCGAAAACCACAGCCUCAACAAUGGUACCUUGACCGCCAUGGACGAUGUCAUUGUCGGCAAGGGCCAAGGCCUCAUCAUGCUGCUGUCCGGCCCUCCUGGCACAGGCAAGACCCUUAUGGCCGAAGCCAUCGCAGACCGCACUCACCGGCCACUAUUCUACCUGCAAGCCGAGGAUCUUGGCAUCAACGCUGCUUCUCUGGGCGCCAACAUCAAGCGUGUCUUUGAGAUGGCAACCGAGUGGAAUGCUGUGAUUCUGCUGGAUGAAGCAGAUGUCUUCAUGGCAGACAGAAAUCCGAAUGACAUCCACCGCAACGAGCUUGUUAGUAUCUUUCUCCGCGAACUGGAGUACUUUCGCGGCAUCAUCUUUCUCACGACCAACCUGUAUCACACCAUCGAUACUGCAUUCCGCAGUCGAGUCAGUUUGCAUCUUCUCUUCCAAUCUCUGAGUCGCGAGGCCCGCGAGACUGUUUGGCGCAAGUUCCUACAGCGCCUGCCCGAGAACAAUCGCAUCAUCGACGUCACGGACGAGUCCACCACGCCCCAGAAUGCCAGCACGAAUGAGAAUGGCGAAGACGAUAUUGUCAUCAGCUCUGAUGACAAACCACUUGACGACGAGGACAUGAAAGAGCUAUCCUUGUGGCAACUCAACGGACGAGAGAUCAAGACGGUCGUCAAGAUGGUGCGUGGCUGGUGUAACCACAAGGGGUAUAUCAUGACACUCCCGCGACUGGAGAACGGUAUCAAAGUGACGACUCCGCAUGCGAACAAGGACGGUGACGUUGACAAGGAUCUGUACGAGUGA